UGGGAGUUUCAUCUGGCGGUGGUCCUUGUUCUCCCUGACUCACAGGUCGUCUAGUACACCGAUUCUCUGGCCGUCCGCCGUCCGCCGCACACCGUACACGAUGAGGCAAGCAGUCGCGCAACAGCUGGGCCUGUUGCAACGCGCCCUGCGGUGCCAAUGUCGCCCGUAUUCAACAGUAGGACGGAGAUUGCGACUCGGUGGCACAGCAAAGACACUAUCUUCACCAGCUUCCACCUAUGUAACACGAUUGAAGCACGCUCGACAUUUUAGCAUUCAAACCGAGAAUGAAGACAGUCCUCAAUCAGGCACAUAUAGCGAAGCUGACCACGAACAUGCUGUCAUCUCAACUUUCGAUCUCUUCUCCAUCGGCAUUGGCCCCUCGUCUUCACACACCGUUGGACCCAUGCGAGCUGGCAACAUCUUUGUUGCUGAUCUUGUCGAAGCCGGACUUCUCCACCAGGUUCAUAAGAUCCACAUAGCUAUCUACGGUAGCCUUGCGCUCACCGGAGAAGGCCACAUGACGCCAUCUGCCCUCAUUCUGGGUCUCGAGAGUGCCGAUGUUGAGACUGUUGACACUGCAUAUGUCCCUCGGCGCUUUACCGAGAUCAAGAAAAAGAGGAAGCUUUAUCUUGGCCAUGGUCUUGCCGAAGGAAAAGGAAAAGAAAUCGACUUUGACUACGACCGUGACUUCAAGUGGGAAUGGGGCCGGAAGCUCCCGUUGCAUAGCAAUGGCAUGCGCUUCACCGUCUUCGAUAAGGACGGUACGAUGCUGGCAACGAAUGACUUGUUUAGUGUCGGUGGCGGUUUUGUUGUGAACGGAGCCCUUUCCAAGGCCUCGUCUUCACCUUCUGUGACUAGUCAGGCUGCGGAAAUGGGCCAGCCAGAGUCUAAUGAACUGCAAGUUGAAUCAAGCGGUGGGAGCCCGGCAGAUUUGGCCGAGAACAUGUUCUACAAGGAAAUCAGGCGCGCAGAUGCGGCGGGAGACCGACGGACAGGGCCCGAGAUCAGGCCCAUUGAGACUACUGACGAUUCUACCGCGCUGGUUGAUACACGAUCUGCUGGCCCUUCCAUUGGUUCAGUUCCAAUAGAUCCCAUACCCAGCACCACAGAAACUGGCCCUCAGACGCCCCGUUACCCGUUCCGCGACGGAGCGAGCUUGCUAGCACUGUGUAAUAAACACAAUCUCACAAUCGCCCAGCUGGUGUACGAGAAUGAGAAAAGCCAUGGUUACACUGACAAAGAGAUUCACGAAAAGCUACUCCGCAUUUGGGAGGUAAUGGAUCAGAGUAUACUCGAGGGUGUACAAGCACCCCUCGAUACUAAGCUGCCAGGAUCUCUGAGGCUACAUAGACGUGCACCAGGUCUAUACAAGCGACUAACUAGGGGGCUAUACCCAUCUGGCCAGAGUCUCGCGGCGCCAAAUUCUCAGGGGCAGCUGUCAUCUGGAAAGCUAGAAGCGACACAGUCAGUGUCAGCCUCGAGCAGCGAAGCAGUGGAAAUAACCAAGGCUCUCAGCCGAAGGGGUCUAAACGGCAAGGGACGACCACGUGUUCAUGGAUUAAUAGCUCACCCAAUCAUGCCCUCACCGCCCCGACGAACCUCCCUUCCAGCCAUGGACUAUUUGACUGUGUACGCAAUCGCGGUAAACGAGACCAACGCGGCAGGCGGGCGAAUCGUGACGGCGCCUACUAACGGUGCGGCGGGUAUCAUCCCAGCCGUGCUCAAGUAUACCAUUGAGUUUAUCAGCGAUGACCCGAUAGGUGAUGUCUUAACCUUCCUUCUCACGGCUUCAGCCAUAGGCAUGCUCUACAAGCGAGGAGCCACCAUCUCCGCUGCAGAAGGCGGAUGCAUGGCUGAAGUAGGGGUUGCCUGUUCAAUGGCAGCCGGCGCAUUUGCGGCAUGUAUGGGUGCCAGCCCGGAGACCAUUGAGCAGGCCGCGGAGAUAGGUAUCGAGCACAACCUGGGCCUCACGUGCGAUCCUAUUGGCGGCCUCGUUCAGGCGCCCUGCAUCGAGCGCAACGCCCUUGGCGCCGUCAAGGCCAUUUCAAGCGCGAACUUGGCGCUGAGUUCUGAAGCCGGGACUCAGAAGGUCAGCCUCGACGACGCGAUCCGGGCCAUGAGGCUAACGGCCGAGGGCAUGCGGAAUGAGUUCAAGGAAACAAGUCUCAGUGGAUUGGCUACAAGUGUGCCGUUGAACAUUCCUGUGAGCGUGCCUGACUGUUAAGGACUCUACCUACUGCCUUUUCUUGCUCUUCUGUUCAUAUCAGACAGAGCCUUCUGCCUUUAAGCGUUUGGGUUUGGGUUUUUCUUUUCGGUAUUUGCUACAUAAUACUUUGAUAGAGUAUGGCGUUGCUGGUCAUUUCAGAGGAAUCCAGCCAUGGAGGGGGGUCACGAUAUUAAAUCUCACGGGACGUCUUCUUCGUCACAAAAGGGUGAAGUGAAGGCUCCCGCUUCCGCCUUACACUAGGUAGAACCCCA